GUCCAUGUCUAAAGAAAACCGGCUGGAUAUUAUAAUUGUUUUAUUGUAUCUUCGGCACAUGCGGACGCACUGGGGACAACAUCGUUAAAUAGUGCCUAAGUGGAACGAAAUACACCCAGCUGUCCAGAUGAUGCGAUCACUGACUACGCCGACUCCAAAGCGGCUUCGGGAUUUAAUAAGAGAAAUCAGGUCAGCUCGUACAGCUGCCGAUGAACGUGGAGUGGUGCAAAAAGAAUGUGCAGCAAUACGUGAAUCAUUUCGGGAUCAAGAUAACACAUACAGAUGUCGCAAUCUCGCCAAACUUCUUUACAUCCACAUGUUGGGCUACCCUGCUCAUUUUGGCCAGUUGGAAUGUUUGAAGCUGAUAGCAUCCCCAAAGUUUACAGACAAGAGGAUUGGCUACCUUGGUGCAAUGUUGUUACUAGAUGAGAGACAAGAUGUCCAUCUACUGGUCACUAACUCCCUGAAAAAUGACCUUGGUCAUCAAACCCAGUAUAUCCAAAGCCUUGCCCUCUGUACGCUUGGCUCCAUCUGUUCCACAGAGAUGAGUCGUGAUCUGGCAGGAGAGAUAGAAAAGAUGAUCAAAUCAUCCAAUGCCUAUGUGAAGAAAAAGGCAAUACUGAGUGCAUUUUGCAUCAUUAGGAAAGUUCCUGAUCUCAUGGAGAUGUUUAUCCCUGCUACCAGGACGUUAUUGAAUGAGAAAAACCAUGGGGUUCUUCUGACGUCUGUGUGCCUGAUAACGGAGAUGUGUGAGCGUAGCCCUGAUACGCUACACCACUUCAGGAAGGUUAGGACUGUACCACAGUUAGUCCGGAUCCUGAAGAACCUGAUAAUGGCUGGCUACUCACCGGAACAUGAUGUGUCUGGUGUCAGUGAUCCUUUCCUGCAGGCCAAGAUAUUGAGACUGCUGAGAAUACUUGGAAAGAAUGACACAGAAGCCAGCGAAACUAUGAAUGACAUUCUUGCACAGGUGGCCACCAACACGGAUACCAGCAAGAAUGUGGGACAUGCUAUUCUUUAUGAGAUUGUUCUUACCAUCAUGGGUAUACAGUCUGAAGCCGGUCUUAGAGUUCUAGCAGUAAACAUUUUGGGAAGAUUUUUAUUGAACAAUGAUAAGAAUAUCAGAUAUGUAGCCUUGAACACAUUAUUACGUGUUGUACAAGCAGACUAUAAUGCCGUACAGAGACACAGAACAACGAUAGUGGAUUGUCUCAAGGAUCCAGACAUUUCAAUAAGGAGACGUGCUAUGGAGUUGUCCUUUGCUUUAGUGAAUACUGGAAAUGUACGGGGCAUGAUGAAGGAGCUUCUGCACUUCCUUGAAACCUGUGACCCAGAAUUCAAGGCUGAUACUAGCUCUAACAUCAUCUUAGUUGCUGAAAAAUACUCUCCAAACAAGCGUUGGCAUAUAGAUACAAUUAUGAAGGUUCUUAUCACGGCUGGAAAUUAUGUACGAGACGAUAUGGUAUCUGUAUUGAUUCAACUUAUAGCAGAGACCACCACCUUGCAUGGUUACACUGUUAAGUCUAUGUUCCGACAACUCCAGUGUGACAUCACACAGCAGCCCCUCACACAAGUGGCUACCUGGUGUAUAGGAGAAUAUGGGGAACAGUUACUGGUAGAACAGCCUGAUGAGGAGGAACCAAUGCAGUUCUCAGAAGAUGAAGUGAUCACAGUGUUAGAGAAAAUUCUUACCAAUAAUAACUCGCUGGAGGUUACCAAGGAAUAUUGUAUCACUGCAGUCAUGAAACUUAGUUCCAGAUUUAGAACGACAAUGGGGAGGAUCAAGAAGAUGAUUGAGUAUUAUGGCACCAGUGUUAAUGUAGAGUUACAGCAGCGGUCUGUAGAAUACACAUCUGUCUUCACCAAGUUUGACCAUAUGAGGUCAGCAUUAUUGGAACAGAUGCCUUUGAUUGAAAAGAGCCGGAGUAAAAACUUGCUAUCUAAUAAUGAGGAUGAGGGGCUGGGCAACGGGCUGGAGGAUUUAACUUCGGAUAAGUCAGGUGGCGAUGGCAGUAUGAAACUUCUAGACACUGCGAAACAGAGCACACAGCAGACAGAGGGUCAAAAUAUUCUAGACCUUUUAGGGGACCUUGGACCUACACCUGUGAUACCUACAAACCCAGAACCUUCCAAAUCAGCUGGCGCCAAUGACCUCCUGGACCUUCUGGGGGAUGUAGCAAAUGCUGCUGCGGGUAAUACAGUCAACAACAUGGUUCCAGCUCCUAAUCAUAAUUUGAUGGACAACUUAUUAGGUGCCACAACACCUAGUGCCCAGAUGAAUGGUGGAACAACAGGGUUAGAAACAUUAACAGCAUUUAACAAAAAUGGUUUGUUAAUUGAGUUCAUGUGUGAACGAGAUGAGACACAGGCUAAUGUUACCACUGUCAACGUGAAGGCCACCAAUUCCACAGCCACUUCGAUGGCUGAUUUUGUCUUUCAGGCGGCAGUACCAAAAUCAUUCCAGUUACAGUUAUUGUCCCCCUCUGGCAAUAUGAUUCCUCCCAUGAAUGAUGGCGCCAUUACACAAGUCAUCAAACUUAACAACCCACAAAAGCAACCAAUUAGAAUGAGAAUUAAAGUUUCUUAUGUUCAAAAUGGCAAUGCCAUAUCGGACACAGGUGAAAUGAACUCCUUUCCUAAAUAUCUAUGGGAAUGAUGUCAGCUCUACGGUGUACCAGCUGCCAAAUAAUUACGGGAUUAUCAACAAAAAACGAAAGUGCAAAAUGGAAUUCAUUCAAGAGGAGAUUCACCGUUUGACAUUCUCCGAGUCUCUAUAUUGAUGGGCAUGGUCCACAGGCGGUAUAUCAAGACGGCCAAACAAUCUUAAUUGGUUAAAGCAACAAUUUCUUCAAUCAUGUGACCUACUUGCAGGCAGGCUCUGCCACGGUCACCUUCCUCCCUGGUUCUUUGUGGAUAUAAGUCAAAGAAGCCUGAUUAAACUUAGUGUUGCUAGUCAUACCCAAGCAUACCCAAGGAUCAGCACGUAAACAAAUAUUGUGAAGUUUCUGCGAUAACAAGUAUGUCACUCAUGGAGAUGUGGAAGGAGAAGAGAUGUAAUUAGCAAUGUACCAAUUUUUGAUAUUUAUAAAUGUGCUAGGAGCCAUCUGUGGUGUGUAUAUUGGUUCUGUUCUUGGAGUGUUGAAUAAAUGAAUUAAUUAAUGGCUGUGAGAGUUGAAAUACAUCGUACCACAUUUUGGACUGUUAGUUUUUUAAUGUACACAUAAUUUUUCGUUAAUUGGUUCAUUUUCUUCAGUACCUGUUUUAAUAAGGAACUACAUUUCUGAUGAAGAAAACAAACAGUACUUGCUUAAACUUUCAAGGAAAAACAAGUCUUCCUUUAAGGUCUUUGAUACCUUGAAUAGUUUUCAUUCUUCAUUUUGGUUGUACUUAAAGUUAUAGAUAUAUGAUAGUUAACUUUGACUUUUCAAGAUCAAGAUGUGAAAGACCAUACAGUCUGGAUAAAUUUUGAUAUCAGAUCAAUUUAAAUCCAUUUAUGCAUAAAGAUAAAACCAGAAAAUGUACUAUAGCAGGUGAUCUGUGAAUUUGAUAUCAUUUUGUGUACACGGAAGUUUCUGUCCAGCAUUUGGGUCAAAUUUUGUAUUGAAAAGUUGAGGGCAGGUUGAAAGGAAAAUUAAUGAUUAUGAAAUACUUGACGUAGUGGUAUAAAAAGUGAUAACUUCAUCUUUAAUCUUGCUUUGUCCAGUCCUUAUCUUAGUAAACAAUGAGUUCUGUUUAGCAAAUAUAAUCCAGUAUAUUUGUGAACAAUCAGAUUGUUAGGAGACUUGAAAGUACAUGGGUAAUAUAGACAGUCGAGGGUUUCUUUCUUGGUACACCUUCAGAUGUAAUAUAUUUAUUGUGUGUAUAUGUAUUCUUUGUAAGAAGUUUAAUACCAUACUGGUCCUUAAAUGUUAUUACAGAAUUAAGUCUAUUAAAUUUUUGGUUUUGGUUGCUGUUGUCACUCCUGGGACUUUAUUUUCAAGGAGAAAAAUGUGUAGCCAGAAAUUUGACAAAGAUUGACAUAAUUGGCAAAAAUCAACUAUUAUUGAUAACAAUGUAUAGUUAUACAAAAGGAAUGAGGUUCAGCUAUGUCAAAGAUAGUGACACUUGCGUAAAUUACAAAAAAAAAGAUGUGUACAAAAUCAUAAUAUGUGGUAAUGUUUGGGUCAUUCGGAGGUCGCUGACUUACAAAUUUACAGACUUGUCUUCAAGUCGUUCAGAGGUCACUGGUUUAGACUUAUAAACUUGGUCUGUUGUAAGGUUACUGUCUUAUCUGGAAAUCUUUGGGUCAUUCAGAGGUCACUGGUUUAGACUUAUAAACUUGGUCUGUUGUAAGGUUACUGUCUUACCUGGAAAUCUUUGGGUCAU